AUGAACUCACAAGUUAUUUUGAAGACUCGGUUGGGCUUUCUUGCCAAGAAUCAGACCCCAGGGCGUGACCCUGAGCCGAUCGUCAUCCCACGUCUCACUAACUUCGUGGGCAAGAAGGAUCGUCAGGAACUGAUUUUAUGUCCUGUCCGAGCUCUGAGCUGGUACUGCGACAGCACCAAGGUGUCUAGGGGCAGUGAGAAGCGCAUGUUUGUCUGUUAUGGGCGGGGCAAACAGAGCCACCCUGCUUCGAAUAUCACCAUUUCUCGGAUUGUUGAUAUGGUUGUGGAAGCGUAUAACUUAACUGCUUCUUCAUCGGCUCGUUUGGAACGUCACCAGGGGGUGUGUGGGUACAAGACGUCAGGUGGUGGUAGUCAGAUACCAGUACGAGUUGUGGUCAAUGGAACAGCCCAAAAUAGUACGCUUGACCCAAAUACACAUGAAAUCAUUCCGAUUCCAAAUGCAUACCAUUCUUUCUAUCAUGUUUAUGAUUUCUUCUCAUUCCGUGAUGAAUUUGAUGAAGCUGAAUUUAUUGCUCAUAAGGCCCCCAUGGGUUAUGUCUGUCCAGGACGUAAGAGUGAUGUGGAGAUUCCUGAAUUUCCACCCCAAUUUGCUGUUCAUAUUGAGACAGCAAAAAAACAACUUAAGAAAACCCACUACAGUUGGGAGUACUAUGACCAGCCGGGUAAAAUGGUUCAAAUGCGUGCGUUACCAAAUGACGAUAUGCAAGUUGGCAACUACAUAUGGAACCCUUAUAACUGGGAUCCUGUAGACUUAUUACAUGAUUACAAUACUGGUAUAGAAUAUACGAUUGAUACAGUAAAUGGAAACUGUACAAUAAAGCCAAUAUGGAAGUAUAGUGAUGAUGCUCGUCUUGACGACCCUGGAAACCCAGACAGUAAUAUAACCAUGCGUGAUGUCACAAAUUUUGUGUAUGCAAAUGACGUAAAUUGGACGUAUGAAGGAAAGACUGUUAUACGUGAUAUUGAUACCCAUGCCUGGAUUGCAACCCGAAAUGACUGGCCAAACUAUGCUGUACAUGUAGGGUACGAAGUCAAUUCAACCUGGGAGUACUUCUUUGCUGAUACUAACUGGACCAUGGACGGAUCCAAAGCAGGUACUGAGAGAGAAAGUCCAAUAAGGUUGAGGGUCCAGGCAACAUGGAAGAUUAAUGACACAAUCAAAGAGACUGACUGGGUGUACAAUUUUUUUAACUUUCAAAAAGUAACCAAACCGCUGCUAAACACAUUCGAUGUUAGAGGAUGUUAUAAACCAAAGGAAAAGAAAACGUUGGCUUUCCUGUUUGAUGGACAAGAUUUGUAUAAUCUGUAUGUAAUCAACAACACAAACCAGUUCUAUGCAGAUCUACGAAAUGGUAUUGCACACAUGGCUGGGAUCUCACCCCUUAGAGUGGUGGAUGUCUUUGUCGAUACUGUAGAAGAUCAGUUGAAGGCGUGGUUCACAUUGUUAGACUAUCCAAACAUCGUUGGUGAUGUCACUCAUGUCAAACCGCAAUUGAAUCUAACAACUGCUUAUACAAAGUUGAAAUCAGCGAUUGAUAAUGGUCAAAUGAUCAUAACCAUCCACUGCAAAAACGAUAAAGCCUUUUUGCAAGUAAAGACAGAAACACUGGUAGAGGAUGCUAACAACCCUAGACCACCUGAACCUACACCUAGUGAAAGCAAAUCAGGAUAUUCUGGUGGUGCUAUGGCUGCUAUCGCCAUUGUUAUGUUGUUAAUUGGAGGAGGAGUCGGCUUAGGAGUAGGAUUCUAUUUCUGGAAACAUAACCGUGGAUUUGUGUACUCAGUACAGGAGUGAAGACACUUUUUUGAUGCAGUCGCGUGAUUGUUGUGUUCACCUGUAAGGAUUAUGCCAUUCAAAAUUUCAAAUUGGAGAAUCGUUAAAUAUUUCCCAUAAUUCAAUACAGUUUUUUUAGUUGCAUUCUCACUUUGUUUUUUACGAGGGUUCUGCUCAUUUUACAGAGAUGAUUGUAAAGAUUUUGAGUAAAUU